ACAGAAGGUAUUAUGUUUAGGGUAUAUUUUUUUAUUACUUAAUACAUAAAUAAUAAUAAAUUUCACAUUAUUUUAUAUUAAAAUAAAAAUAGAGGAAUUAGAAGCAUUUCACAGUAAUCCAUAUGAUUUUAGUAUUCCCACUAAUAUUGAUGAUUUUAAUAAAUCAAGCAAUCAGAGUAAUAGUAAUACACAGUAUUUUUAAAGCAAAUAGCAAAAAUUUAUCCGAAACAUUUGAAAAGUUGCAAAUAAAUGAUGAAACAGUGCAAAAAACGAAAGGAUCAAUUGUUAUUUAUAAUGAUGAAAUAAACAAUAACCCAAAUCUUCAUUCCGAAGAACAAGAUGAAUUGGAAAUUCCUAAUGGCAAAAAAUUCAUUAUUUUAAAAAAUGCGGGUAUUGCUAAAUAUCACGGUGGAUUUAUUAUGUAAUGCCGGCCAGUGUUUUAUUGGAUUUUAAUUCCGGCCAAAAGUACAUCACCACUGGUGAGAUUUAGCAAUUUUCAAUUAUAUUUAAUUU